AUGGAAGACUCGACCCCCCUGAAACAAAAAAUAGAACACCAAGAACUUGGGGAAACAGGGCGUCCGUGGGAAGAAAUGGUAACAACCUCCCAAGAUCCCGAACCUGGGUUAUCCGAGGCCUCAGAGUCGGAGCAGGGGCCGGAAACUGGACCCCAGCCCAGGAGCAGCCCUCCUGGGAUCCCCCAAUCUGGAGCCAGCACGCCUGUGGAUGACCUCGUAGGACCAGGUGUGUCAUCUCCACCUUCCCCAUCUCAGGAGCCCUCUUCCACUCCUUCUCCCCUGGCUCUGGCCGUGCAGGACCUUAUGGCACCAUGGCAGUCAGACAAGACCACUAGUGUGAUUUCUGAAGCUGGGACACCUCACUUUGACCAUUUGGAACAGUCACCUGAUAAAGGAGAAUCAACUCCUCAUCAAACAUGCCAAUCAGAGGGAAACACUUUUCAUCAAUCUCAGCAAACCAAAUGUCACCUGUAUGGACCGAGGGAUGUGAGCUACAACAACUCUAAACGGAAAGAGCUGAGAUUUGACAUUUUUCAAGAAGAAGACUCAAACAGUAACUAUGAUCUGGCUCAGCCUGAGUCUGGGGCUUCUGAAGUGGCCCCCAGCAUGCUUGAGAUUGCCAUUCAGAAUGCAAAGGCUUACCUACUAAAGUCCAGUAGCAAGUCGGGCUUAAAUCUAUAUGAUCAUCUUUCUGAAAUGCUGACCAAGGUCUUAGAUAAGCGUCCUGAGAAUGCUGUGGACAUCAUUGAAAAUGUUAGCCAAGAUGUGAAGAUGGAACAUUUUAGUAAAAAACUGGAUACACUCCAAAAUGAGAAUGAGAUGCUUCCAACCUAUGAAAUAGCAGAGAAGCAAAAAGCUCUUUUUCUCCAGGAAAAUUUAGAAGGAGCUGACCAAGAAAUGGAAGAUGAAAUAGCAGAACACUCUCUUCCAAAUGUAAUGGAGUCAGCUUUUUAUUUUGAACAAGCUGGAGUUGGUUUGGGCACAGAUGAGACUUAUCGCAUAUUUCUUGCCCUCAAGCAGCUUACUGACACCCACCCAAUCCAAAAAUGUCGUUUCUGGGGUAAGAUCUUAGGUCUGGAAAUGAAUUAUAUUGUAGCUGAAGUGGAAUUCCGUGAGGGAGAAGAUGAAGAGGAGGUGGAAGAGGAAGAUGUACCUGAAGAGAGGGACAAUGGAGACAGUGAAGCUGAUGAAGAUGAAUUACCAAGGUCCUUUUACAAGGCCCCACAGGCUAUUCCAAAGGAAGAAAGCAGAACAGGUGCCAACAAAUAUGUAUAUUUUGUUUGCAAUGAACCAGGAAGACCAUGGGUGAAGUUACCAGCAGUUACACCUGCACAAAUUGUUAUUGCAAGAAAAAUCAAGAAAUUUUUCACUGGGCAAUUGGAUACCCCCAUCAUAAGCUACCCACCCUUCCCAGGAAAUGAGAGUAAUUACUUACGAGCACAAAUCGCCAGAAUUUCAGCAGGGACUCAUGUCAGCCCUCUAGGAUUCUAUCAUUUUGGUGAAGAAGAAGAAGAGGAGGAAGAAACAGAAGGCAGGCGAGAUAGCUUUGAAGAAAACCCUGAUUUUGAAGGCAUCCAAGUGAUUGAUCUAGUGGAAUUCCUAUCCAAUUGGGUUCAUCAUGUACAACAUAUACUCCCUCAGGGUCGCUGUAAUUGGUUCAACCCCAUACAAAAAAGUGAGGAGGAAGAAGAAGCAGAAGAAGAAGAAGAAGAAGAAGAAGAAGAAAGAGAAGAGCCUGACUACAUAGAACAGGAAGUAGGGCCUCCUCUCUUGACACCAAUCUCUGAAGAUUUAGAGAUCCAGAAUAUACCGCCUUGGACAGCACGGUUAUCCUCAAAUCUCAUUCCUCAAUAUGCUAUUGCAGUCCUUAGAUCCAACCUUUGGACUGGAGCAUAUGCCUUUUCCAAUGGCAAAAAGUUUGAAAAUUUCUACAUAGGCUGGGGUCAUAAAUAUAGUCCAGACAGCUAUACACCUCCAGUUCCACCACCAGUUUAUCAAGAGUACCCCAGUGGACCAGAAAUUACAGAAAUGGAUGACCCUAGUGUGGAAGAGGAGCAGGCUUUCAGGGCUGCACAAGAAGCAGCUGUAAAUUCAACAGAGGAAAAUGAAGAAACUGAGGAAGAUGAAGAUGAGGAAGAUGACUAUGACUAA